AUGAGGCCUCGGCAGGUGCCAGUGUCCAUGUAGUUCUUCAGCCAGUGAAACUACAGCAUGGGCACAUGCUGCCAGUUCCAGACCCAGUUCCCCGCCGAGCUAGAGAAACGGAUUGAUAGACAACAAUUUGAAGAAACAGUUCAAACUCUAAAUAAGCUUUAUGCAGAAGCAGAGAAGCUUAGGGGCCAAUCAUACCUUGAAGGCUGUUUCGCGUGUUUAACAGCAGACACUGUCUUUUUGUGCAUGGAAACCCAUUAUGAGAAGGUUCUGAAGAAAGUCUCUAAAUACAUUGCAGAGCAGAAUGAGAAGAUACAUGUUCCCCAAGGUCUCCUUCUGACAGACCCCACUGAGAGAGGACUUCCAGUUAUUGAAAUUGCCACCAGUGCAGACAGAAGUACGAGCAGUGGAAGAUAA